AUGCUCGGGAAAAGACAUACUCAGUAUGUCUUGGUACUAUUUCUGACUCUAACCUUUGUUGGAACAGAUGCACAUGAGAUCGCACGCACAACUCUGGGAAAUCCUUUGGACCCUGAAUCUUUCAUCUCAACAGGUGAUGGCUUCGCCUCUAUGGACAUAGAUCCUGACACAUGUCUCAUACCGCGAGGUCUUAGCUCGAACUUUGAGGCUUGCAACUUUGUAAGAACGCAUUGUGACCACGAAAACUUCCGUUACGCCGAGUUUUACUAUUGCAUAGGACAGGGCCAUGAGGACGAACAAGGCUCUCAAGGGUUCUACAAAGCUGUUCGCCUAGCCACUUCCGCUGGGUAUUUGGGGCUGGUAAUGGUGAUAUUUUUUGUACUGGGAAUUGUGGCAAGCCAUUUUCUGAUUCCCGAUCUUAGGCACAUCUCACGAAUGGCCAAUUUCGACGAAAGAACGGCAGGCGCAACAUUGCUAUCCGUGGGGAAUGGCACACCAGACCUUUUUGCGACCUAUGCUGCUCUCGAAUCUAAGUCUGCUGCAUUAGCAAUUGGCGAAUUGAUUGGCUCAGCCACUUUUGUUUGCACUGUGGUGGUUGGGUCAAUGGCAAUUGUUAGGCCGUUCGAAGUGGACAGUUCUGGCUUCACCAAGGAUGUAGCAUUCUUCUUCGUGCUACUAGGUGUAGCAUUCUACUUCUUGCACGAUGGAAGACUUGUGAUAUAUGAGUGUGUUUGCAUGAUUAUUCUGUAUAUAUUCUAUGUCAUCUUUGUGAUUUUGAGAAAACAAGACAUUUCUCAAAGCACAGACGUUGACCGCGAACCACUGUUUUCACCAAUACCCCAUCACCUGCGACCUCCUUUGCCACGGUCUUUGACGCCUAUUUCACCUGUCAGCACAAUAUCCAACUCAUCAAGGAUUUCUGCAAAUUCAGAGCUUGUUUUUGAGAACAAUGUUCUAGCAGUGGAGUCCGCAAAUGCAAGGCUCUCGUUAUACGAUUCCCUGAAACUAGCAAUGCGGGAAGGUGAUGACCGGAGAUCUCGAGACGAUUCAAAGACUACUUACGCCGAUUCAGAGCGUUUGUUGAACUACAAUAGUCCCUUGCACGGUCAGAGUCCGGUAAUUCCACAGAUCAGAGUCGAUGCACCUACCGGCCUGCGCAUAGACACUAGCAUGGACCCUAGCAUAGUGAACGAAGAGGGCUAUUUCGACAGUAUCCCAGAUUCGGGGUCGUAUAGCGGAAUGAUAUUGCCAGAAUUUGCAGAGAUAGAUUUCAAGACCCGACCACUUGAAUCAGGGCUUUCUCUUGCAAGUAUUCCAUUUUUGCUUCCUCUAAGACUGACGGUUCCUGUCUAUCCAGAGACAGACCUCGAGGAUGAUCAAGACCUUCGCAGAUUAAUGGUUCUUUUCGGUUUCCAAGCCUUUUUUGCACCUUUCAUCGUGUGCUUAGGAUUAGAAAAUUGGCCUUCAACUGGAUGGUGGAAUUUUGCAAUUCUAGGAAUUGCCGGAAUACUACUUUCCCUCAUACACAUCAUACUAUCAAGAUCGAGCUUCACCAGGUUCAAAUACUCUAGCCUUUUCCGGCCAAUUUGCUCAGGCUCAGGCUUUGGAAUUUGUCUCAUAUGGAUCACGAUUCUUUCCUCGGAACUCAUCCAAAUUCUCAAGAACAUGGGUGUGAUAUUUCGUGUUGAUGAGGGAAUGCUGGGUCUUACCGUACUUGCUCUCGGCAACUCAGUUGGUGAUCUAAUUGCCAAUACCACGCUUUCUUCGUUGGGAAAUCCUCAGACAGGAAUAAGUGCCUGCUUUGGAACACCAUUAUUAUAUAUUCUUCUUGGAGUUGGCCUGAACGGGUUAAUUGUCAUCAUUGGCCCCAAAGGCAGUGGGACCAGUCUUGAGUUUGGUCUAGAAACGAAUCUCUAUGUUAGUUGUGCUGGACUACUGAUGAUUUUAAUGUUCUACAUAGUGGUCAUUCCCAGGAACAAAUGGGUUAUUUCGCGCGAAAUCGGAGUUUUCGCAAUUUGUUGGUGGGUGUUGAUAACGACAGUCAACGUGAUAUUGGAGUUAAGGCGAGGUUCUACUACGGUAUUUCAUAAAGUAUGA